UCAUAUUCGUGCAAACUACAUGCUCUCGCGAAGAGCGGCGCUUUAGAAUCAGUCCGGUUUUUGAAGAAAUAUGGCGGAUGUUGAGCUAGCAAAAGCUUUGAAGGAUUUACCGAAUCGAGUUCAGACCGCCAGCAAAAAAGAGCGGCGUGAAAUUCUGCAAAAUGUCGUCAACGUAUUAUCAAAUCCCGGCAUUAAUGAUAAAAUUGUUAAUGGAAUAUGUAAGGUGGUAUCGCUUACCUUACAUAGAUAUAAAGACAGUGCUUCUCGGUCCUAUGUGAGAAAUCUAAUUAUAGAGCUUCUUAAAAAACAACCAGAAGCUACUAUCAAACAUAUGACAACUGUAAUUUCAGAGCAAGCUACUUGGCAUAAGAAUGUAGUUGCAACUUUGAAUACUUCUCUAACUGCAUAUACUGCAUUGAAAUGGUCAAACUUAGUUAUUCUUCAUGGAUAUAAUGAAUUGGAUAAUGUCGAGAAAAAUGAGUUUUUGGCAAAACUCAUUGAAGCACAGGCAAAUUUAUCUUCUGCUGCUUUGGCAUCUGUAAAUAAAAAGCUUGCAAAUAAGGUAUACACAUUAUUUGCACAUGAAUGGGCAGCCAUUAAGAAUAUAGAAGUUAUUUAUAUGGAAAAUUUAACAAAAUUGGAACUUGGUAAUGGUGUAAUUAUCUUAGCCAGCUUACUUAUGAAAUAUUUAGUUGCCGCAAAAAGACAUGAUUUGGUAGAACAAUUGAAGGUAAACAUGAUAGACAUUUUUAUAAAAGUGACAAUUAGUUGUAAGAAGAAGCCAGAUUUAUAUGUGGUGGAUGUAGCUGUGCCACUUCUUCGGAGAGUAACUCACGAAGAAUUCAAAACCCAAUUACUUCCUGCAUUACAAAAAGCUAUGUUGAGAAAUCCGGAAAUUAUAAUUGAAUCAGUCGGUCAUAUUUUAAGCGGACUAAGUCUUGAUUUGAGCCAAUAUAGCCAAGAGAUAAGUAAAGGAUUAUUUGCUAAUUUACAUUCUAAGGAGGAUCUGGUGAGAGAUGAAGCAGUUGGGGCAUGUCGCAAACUUGCUUUACAAUGUUCCGAUACGACGGCUCUGGAGACACUGCUAUCGUCCGUAUUUGCAGUGUUUCACGGAUCAGAAGGCAAGCUUACGGUCGCGACUCAUAAGAUUUCCGUGUUGCAAGGAGCUGGGAAUCUUAGCUAUAACGUAGCUUCAGGCAGUAGUGUGCAGAAAUUAGCCGAAACAGCGUGCGAGCAUUUCGUCAAAGUGCUCGAGACUGAAGUUCACGAGAAGACACUGAUUCAGGCUCUCGAAAUGAUGGCAUUAUGGUCGAAGAAAUUUUCGUCUACUCUACCGAAAAUCGUAGUAGAUGCUUUCAAGAAAGGUAUGGCGGCGAAAACAUCCACCGCCGCUGUGCGUACCGCUUAUAUCAAAUUAUUUUUCUCGACUCCAACUGCUGCUUACUCUACAAUAAUAGCGCCGAUACUCGCGCAAGCGAUAACACGAACUAUGCAACAAUGCACACAACCAGCAGCAGUAACCGAAGGUUUGGUCGCUUCAUAUAUCUUAUUGAAAUUUGUAUUAGCCGAUCAAAUAGAAAAUGAUAAACAAAAUGUAUUAUGGAACGCGAUCGACGAACAAAUAUUUUUUUCGGAAAAAUUUCUGUCGACAUGUGGCGAUGAUGUCUUAUAUCAUCUUAUGUUACUAUGCGAACGAUUGAUUACCGAAUUCUUCGACAGACUGAAUGAAAAAGCUCUAACCGGAAUUCAUCGAGCAGUUGUAUCUUGCGCUACCGCCUCAAAUUCCACGACGCGACAACGAUGUUUCCCGUUAGUCAAGAAGAUUAUGACUGGUUUGAGUACGUAUGCGCCUGCACAGGCUCUACUAACAGAAUUUAAUAAAUUUUUGGAAAACGUUAAAAUUAAAUCAGAAUCGGAUAAAGAAAGCAAAGACGAAUCUUCAAUGGGAGAAAUUACUGGCAGAUGUCUCGCAGAUGGAUUAUUCGCUAUAUGUUCGGGUUCUUUUUUAUUCGAAGUACCUACUUAUCAAAUGACAAGAGAUGCUUUACUUCCAUCUCAUCAUCCGGCAUUACUCAAAGCCGUACCAAAUUUAUGGUUCAAGAUCGCUAAGAAUUAUAAUCUUGUACCAAAGGACUUCUUACGUAGCUACAGCAAUGAAGUGAGAAAAAUGUUGAUUCAGAAUUAUAAACCGGCACCAAAUUACGAAAAUGCACUUGUAAGAAUCGUAUCACUCGCACCAGACGCCUUUUUACCUGCAUUAGUAUCGAAUGUUACAAGUAAGCUCGAUGAUUCAGAAAUUUUAAGAGUUACCAAAGAUGAAUAUUUUACGUAUCUCACUCCUGAAGGAGAGCUUUAUGAUAAGAGCGUGUUACCCGUCAAUGACGAGAACGAUAUUCUCAAUUCCAUGAAUAUGAAACGAGAAAGUAAAGUUUACUCAUUUAAGGAACAACAAGAAGAACUUCAACUGAGACGCGAAUUAUACGAGAAACGAAAACGUGAAGGCAAGAUAAAGGAACCAAAAUUAACACCUAAACAAGAAGAGACUUUGAAGGCGCAGAUUGCAAAAGAAAAUGGUAUUCGUAAAAGAUUAACUGAAUUGAAAGCCAAGAUAGAUAAUACCGUAUCUUUAGUAACAUGCUCGAUACGCGGUAAUCAGCAGGAAUUGUCCUUGUAUUUGAAGGAUCUUUUACCGCCCAUUUUAAAAAACUUGGGUUCUCCGUUGGCAGCUCCUGAAAUGUCAGAGCUAUAUAUAUCUCUUCGUCAAACAGUGACAAUGGAUAAUAGCAUAAUUUUAGGUGAUCUUAUCGCUCAUGUUACAUUGCGGCAAUUGCAACCACAGUGCGAUUUAGAUCAAGCCUGGGAAGAAGAGAAUCUUGAUACGGCUGUCAAAAGAACAUUGAAUCUUAUACACACGAUAACGAUUAAAAGGAAGGAAUUAUUCACGGCGCCUGCAUUUUGUUAUGUUUUCCCCUUUAUAAGAAAGACUUUGCUAUCGUAUAAGGAUGACGGCAUGAUUGUGCAAGGAUUGCAGUUGAUUCAGGAACAUGCCAAGCAGAGAGGCGGCAGCACUACUGAUUUGAAGGACAUUAGGCAUCCUAGACUUUUGCCACGUAAACAGAUGUUCGAUCUGCUUAUCGAACUUAUGGAGACCACGACAGGUCGAGUGCAGUCACAUGCGGUGGCGACCUUGCUAGACGUCGCGCAAUCCGGUAGUGGUCAACCAGGUACAGCAAUCGCUACCAGUGAAGAUAUAGAUUCUUUGAUUGGUGCGUUGCAAAAUUCGCUAUCUACUGUGAGAGAUGCGGCUCUUAGAGGAUUGACCGUAAUACGACAAGCUUUCCCAUCCCAAAAAGAGGAUCGAGAUCAACUUGACAGGCUAACCAGAAGAGUAUGGAUAGCUCGAUUUGACGUAAAUGACGAAAAUAAAAUUCUUGCCAGCGAACUGUGGAAUGCGGCCGACUUUACCGCGCAUGCGGAAGUCCUUUGCGAGGAACUGAUCCAAGAUAUCGCCCAUCCGGUCGAGCCAGUGCAACAAGCGGCCGCUCACGCGUUAGCGGAAAGCUUGGCCAGCGUACCCCAUUUAACACCGUCCGUGUUGGACAAUUUGUUACAAUUGUAUCAGGAAAAGUUGGCCAUGAUUCCACCGAAAUUGAAUGACUUUGGUCGUGUCGUCGAACAGCCGAUCGAUACGUGGGGUCCACGGCGCGGGGUAGCGCUCGCCCUAGCUCAGAUAGCGCCCCUUCUCACCGCCGAUACAGUACACCGGCUCAUCCAGUUUUUCGUAUUAACCGGACUCGGUGAUAGAAACCAAUUCGUACGCACCGAGAUGCUGACAGCUGCCGUCGCGGCGGUUGAUCUUCACGGCAGCGCGAACAUAACUUCACUGCUUCCGGUCUUUGAGAAUUUCAUGGAUAAAGCACCGAAAAUCGGUAGCUUUGACUCGAUCAAGCAAUCGGUAGUAAUUCUCAUGGGAUCACUCGCAAGACACUUAGACAAGAACGAUCCGCGAAUUAAGCCGAUUGUCAUGCGUCUCAUCGCGGCACUCUCUACGCCUUCGCAACAGGUACAAGAGGCCGUGGCCAAUUGUUUGCCACAUCUGACGGACUCCAUUAAAGAAGAUGCGCCGAAAAUCGUGGACAAUCUGAUGGAUCAGCUGCUUAAAUCAGACAAAUACGGUGAACGUAAGGGUGCAGCAUACGGACUGGCAGGUCUCAUCAAAGGGAUGGGAAUUCUUGCAUUGAAGCAAUUGGAUAUUAUGAGCAAACUGACCAACGCUAUUCAAGACAAGAAGAACUAUCGACAUCGCGAGGGAGCGCUGUUUGCUUUCGAGAUGUUGUGUACAAUGCUUGGCAGAUUAUUCGAGCCUUAUAUCGUGCACGUUCUGCCACACUUGCUGCUGUGCUUUGGCGAUUCGAGUCAAUAUGUAAGAACUGCCACUGACGAUACUGCCAGGGUAGUGAUGAGUAAACUUUCCGCUCAUGGCGUUAAGCUUGUCCUACCGAGUUUGUUAGCGGCUCUGGAAGAAGAUUCGUGGAGAACGAAAACAGGAUCUGUCGAAUUACUUGGCGCUAUGGCAUAUUGUGCACCAAAACAGUUGAGCAGCUGUUUGCCAAGUAUUGUUCCUAAGUUGAUAGAAGUACUCAGUGAUUCCCAUACAAAAGUGCAGGAAGCUGGUGCGGAGGCGCUCAAAGUCAUCGGAAGUGUCAUUCGGAAUCCGGAAAUUCAAGCGAUUGUGCCAGUAUUGUUGAAAGCAUUGCAAGAUCCCUCGCACAAGACCGCUACUUGCCUACAAACCUUGCUAGAUACACAAUUCGUACAUUUUAUCGACGCUCCCUCUCUAGCCUUAAUUAUGCCUGUCGUGCAGCGUGCGUUCCUCGAUCGUUCGACAGAGACUAGAAAAAUGGCCGCGCAGAUCAUCGGCAACAUGUACUCCUUAACGGAUCAAAAGGAUCUAACCCCGUAUCUGCCGACUAUUAUACCGGGUCUAAAAACGAGUCUUCUCGAUCCCGUGCCUGAAGUGCGCAGCGUAUCGGCGAGAGCACUGGGCGCGAUGGUACGCGGAAUGGGUGAAUCUAGUUUCGAGGAUCUAUUACCAUGGCUGAUGCAAACGUUAACUUCUGAAACCAGUAGCGUCGACCGAUCCGGCGCCGCACAAGGUCUCUCCGAAGUGGUACGCGGAUUGGGCGUCGAGAAACUCCACAAGCUCAUGCCUGAGAUCAUCAGCACCGCUGAGAGAACCGACAUUGCUCCUCACGUGAAAGAUGGAUACAUUAUGAUGUUUAUAUACAUGCCGAGUGCAUUUACUACGGAAUUCACACCAUACAUAGGGCAGAUCAUUAAUCCGAUUCUGAAAGCUUUGGCCGACGAGAAUGAAUACGUGCGGGAAACCGCGCUUAGAGCAGGGCAACGUAUCGUUACGCUUUAUGCUGACUCGGCAAUAAUGUUGCUAUUACCGGAAUUGGAGAAGGGCCUUUUCGACGACAACUGGCGUAUUCGAUACUCGUCCGUGCAACUAUUGGGCGAUUUAUUGUACAGGAUUUCUGGCGUAUCGGGCAAGAUGUCGACCGAAACCGCCAGCGAAGACGAUAAUUUCGGUACAGAACAAUCGCACUACGCUAUUAUAAACGCUUUAGGCGCAGAGAGACGAAAUCGCGUGUUAGCCGGUCUCUACAUGGGUCGAUCGGACGUAGCUUUGAUGGUACGCCAGGCGGCUCUUCACGUUUGGAAGGUAGUGGUAACGAAUACACCGAGGACACUGCGAGAGAUAUUACCGACCUUAUUCACUCUUCUAUUGGGUUGUUUGGCAAGUACGAGUUAUGACAAGAGACAAGUGGCAGCACGAACGUUGGGUGAUCUCGUGCGAAAAUUGGGAGAACGAGUGCUGCCGGAAAUCAUACCGAUCUUGGAGAAAGGUUUGCAAAGUGAUCAAGCCGAUCAACGCCAGGGAGUGUGCAUAGGUCUGUCGGAAAUUAUGGCGAGCACCAACAAAGACAUGGUGCUGACCUUCGUUAUUAGUCUUGUCCCAACAGUUAGAAAAGCGCUUUGUGAUCCGUUGCCAGAGGUUCGACAGGCUGCGGCCAAGACUUUCGAUGGUUUGCAUUCCACGGUGGGCGUUCGCGCGCUCGACGAUAUAUUACCGGCGAUGUUAACUCAACUGAACUCCCCUGAUCCUGCGGAAGCGGAGAAUACGUUGGACGGUUUACGUCAAGUGAUGGCGAUUAAAUCGCGUGUAGUAUUACCAUAUCUAGUCCCACAAUUAGCCUCUCCUCCAGUUAACACGAAAGCACUGUCAAUACUAGCCAGUGUAGCAGGCGAAGCACUGACGAGAUUCCUUCACAGGAUCUUGCCAGCGCUGCUUACUGCUCUUUCUAGUGCGCAAGGAACGGCGAAUGAGUUGCAGGAAUUAGAAUAUUGUCAAGCUGUCGUUCUUUCCGUUACCGACGAGGUAGGCGUUAGAACCGUCAUGGAUCAGCUGAUGGAAGCUACAAGAGCAGAAGAUCUCUCGAAACGACGAAGCGCCGCAACGUUACUAUGCGCGUUUUGUCGCGAUACUCGCGCUGAUUACAGCCAAUAUGUGCCGCAAUUACUCAGAGGUUUGAUCCAUUUGUUCACCGAUGAAGACAGAGAUGUAUUACAGAUGAGUUGGGAGGCGCUCACGGCUGUUACAAAGACUCUGUCAUCUGAGCAGCAAAUAGCACACGUACAGGAUAUCAGGCAAGCCGUUCGAUUCGCAGUGUCUGAUUUAAAAGGUCAAGAAUUGUUACCCGGAUUUUGUCUUCCUAAGGGAAUCACGCCAAUAUUACCAAUCUUUAGAGAGGCUAUAUUGAAUGGUUUGCCAGAAGCGAAAGAACACGCGGCUCAAGGAUUGGGAGAAGUCAUAAGGUUGUCCAGCGCGGAUGCAUUGCAGCCAAGCGUUGUACACAUUACCGGUCCUCUUAUUCGAAUCCUCGGUGAUCGUUUCAACUGGAGCGUUAAAGCAGCUGUAUUGGAAACACUUGCGAUAUUACUUGGAAAGGUUGGCGUCAUGUUAAAACAAUUUUUGCCACAACUGCAAACUACUUUCUUGAGAGCCUUGAAUGAUAGUAAUCGACAAGUUAGAUUAAAAGCUGCUUAUGCUCUUAGCAACCUGAUUGUUAUUCAUACACGUGUCGAUCCUUUAUUUACUGAACUUCACACUGGUAUUAAGACAGGAGAUGAUCCAGCUAUAAGGGAAACGAUGUUGCAAGCUCUCAGAGGCGUAUUGACUCCUGCUGGUGACAAAAUGACUGACCCUAUGAAAAAACAAGUAUUCGCAACACUCAGCAGCAUGCUUAGUCAUCCAGAAGAUGUUACAAGAAACGCAGUCGCUGGUUGUUUUGGCGCACUUUUACGAUGGUUAAAUCCAGAACAAUUAGCAAUUGCAUUGAACGACCAUCUCUUAUGUAACGAUGUUAAUGUCGACUGGAUGCUCAGACAUGGACGUUCGGCCGCUCUUUUUGUAGUGCUGAAGGAAUCAUCCGUUACAGUGUAUAAUCCUAAAGACAAGGAUCGCGUUUGUGCAGUGAUACUUUCAUAUUUGGCUGCGGACAGAGUGCAAAUAGUCAUGAACGGCGUACGAGCGUGCGGAUAUCUAUUUCAGUAUCUCAUGAAUGAAUCGCUACCUAUACCCCAGCAAAUUUUGUCGCCUUUCGUGAGAUCCAUGAAUAAUAAUAGUAAUGAUGUGAAGCAACUACUUGCUCGAGUUUGCAUACAUCUUGCACGCAACAUCCCAUCUGAAAAUAUGUCGACCGAACUGCUCAGAGCGCUUCUACCGAUGCUGGUAAAUGGAACGAAGGAAAAGAAUGGAUAUGUCAAAGCGAACAGUGAGCUCGCGCUUAUUGCGGUGCUUCGAUUAAGGCAAGGUGAAGAUGAACAUCAGCGUUGCAUGGCUUUCUUGGAUAUUGGCGCAAAGGAGUCUCUAUCUGAUGUGGUCAGCAAAGUGUUGCGUAAAGUCCUUUCUCAACCAGAAGGCAAAAUAGAAGAAUUAGAUGAUACGUUACUUACGUGAGAGAAAUUGUACUUUCCGGGGCUUAUUACGCACUAUACACGUUCCAAUAAUCGUAUUACUCGUCAUUAUUCGCCCGAUUUCUAUAAAAAAGAGAUUUAUCGUUCAUGUAUCAGUUACAUUAUGAACAAACUAAUUCGUUCAACAUUGUAUCUCGAUAAGCAAUUAAAGAGCGUAAAACGGAAAAGUCGCUCGAUGGUAUUCAAGUUACUUAAACUAAAAUGUCCCGAGCAACAUUACGUGAUUCAAACUAGGAUUGUAUAUAUUUUGACUAGAGAGAUGUUUCUUAUUAUUCAUAUGUAUAUAUCGACCAUUUGACAUCUGACGAUUCUAAGGUCGAUAAUCGCACUACUUCGAUUCGCACGGAAAUUUUCACAUUUAAAAUAUAGGUGAUAUUCUGAAAAAUUUAUUUCGUUGAAACGAAAAAUUUAUUAUUUUAAAUCAUUUUUUGUUUGUAAUCAUAUUAAAUAGUUACAUUAUGGAUUUUUUACAUAUCCAAUGAUUAUA